CCUCCAGCCCUCAACGCUCUUCGCCCAGCAUGGAAGCACUCAUGGGAGGUAUGGGCAGUCAAGCCAACUCGGCGGCCAUCCAAGCGCAAAAGGCCGAAGAGAGACAGGCGGAGCAAUUGCAGCCCUUCUACCUCGAGAACAUCGUGCACAAUCAGAGACAGAUUGCAAAUAUCCGUUCCCUAUCCCUUGCCCUCUCAGGCUCGCUCGCCGGGAUCCUCGGGCUAGUCUCUCUCCCUGGCCUCGCCUUCUUCCUCUUCUCCUUGGUCACCACGAAUGCCCUCAUCCUCCUCCUCUGCUGCAACGGCCAACCGCACAAGUAUCUCCUCAAUCCUCCACCCCAAUCUCCGCUUGGUCUCGUCUUCAGCAUAGGCUCCAGCGUGGCCACAGCGGCAGCCAUCGCCAGCCCGGGCAUUGUGGCGUAUGGAGCGGCGGCCGUGCUGGGUGGAGCGGCGAAUACUGCCAAUUCGGCGGGCAAGGUCAGGGUGCAGAAAGUCGUGGGUGGCAAGGAGGGGAAAGACGUCAUUGAGGUAGUGUGGUAUCUGUUCGAGGGGCUCAAGGGCGAGGUGUUGAGCUUUGUGCUUUGGUGGACUUUCUGGACUGCGAUUGUGCAUGUCUACGAGUAACAGCUCGACCUUUCAGACCAUCUAGGCUCACUUCCCCUGAGGGCCGCCAUGUUGCUCACAAGGAAGGUAGAUCUUGCAUGCUGGCAAGCAAUACAUCGUGGCAUUUGCACAGCUCAGCAACAUUCGAGCACACGAAUUGAGACAUCGUAUGCGCGCAUGCGGUAUGACACGACUAACAGAGGACAAUACAGAUCGACGAGACGCGGACGUAUGCGGCACUGGGGCGAGAGACAAAGAGACAUGAGACAGGACAAGGUGACAAUGCGUGCCAUGGCUGGCGAGAGGGUCCGUGCAAGGUAUGCGGGUGUUACGCU